CAGAAAAGUUACACAUUUUGAUAUCGCUGGACUAUUUACUAAGGCUUAUUUGAGGGUUCAAACUGGAGAAAUUGCAAUAAAUGGUUUUAAAGCCACGGGGAUUUAUCCGUUUGACAAACAUAUUUUCACAGAUUCAGAUUUUAUAGCUGGGAACUCAUCAUCAUCAGGUACAAUUCAGUUUUAAAUAUAAAAAAUCUUGCUAGAUAUAUUGUCUUCUCAGAGGAUCCAGUUGAAACCAUAAAUUCAACGACAGAAGAAACCCCAAGCGCAUCAGCCAUGGAAAUUGAGCCUGAAAUUCAAGCAAGCACAAGCCGAGGACUCGUUACUCCCUGGGAAAUAUCUCCACCACCAAAGCUACGAGAUCCUCCACCUAAUCGGAAAGGCCGGAAAACAAAGGCAACUGUUUUAACAACUUCGCCUUAUAAGUGUAAUUUGUUACAGAGCAUUGAAAGCAUUAACAGGAAACGCAAUGCUCCGGUUAAUCCAUCCCCAAAACCCUCUAAUAAAAAAAAUAUUUCUACCAAAUCGUUUGUUGACUCGCAUUCAAGUGACAGUGAAGAGGAGUUUCCAGAUGUUCCACCAACAAAAGAAUCUGCUGCCAACAAAACCAACUACUGUGGCAAAAUUUAUGGGCAGGAUAUAAUAAUGAAGCCUUGGACCUCUUGUCUGCAAUGCGAACAAAUUUGGGCCCACGAAAAGUGUAUUCCCAAUCGAAGUGCUAUUUUUCUUUGCGAUUCUUUGUGGCAAAUGGAAGUGGUGGUUGACGACGGUGGCUGUGGCUGUGACUGUGGCAGUGUGGUGGCAGGCAAACAAAGCGUGCAGCAACAACAGCAGCGACAAUAG